AUGAAUGACGGCUGCGCCGUACUGGAAACUGGAAGAAGAAUUUUAGGGCAGAUUUUACUUUUACGAUGCAAGAAAACCGGUCAAGAUCUUAUUUAUGCCAACACACAUUUGUUGUUUAACUCAGCACGCGGUGAUAUCAAACUUGGGCAGCUGGCAAUGCUCAUCGCCAAUAUACAGGACGUAGGUUUCAACAAAUUCCUUUUUCUUGGAAUUAAAAGGACAAAUUUGAAACUCAAUAGAAAACUUUCUGAAGAAGAAUUUUCAGGGCAGAUUUUACUUCUACGAUGCAAGAAAACAGGUCAAGAUCUUAUUUAUGCCAACACACAUUUGUUGUUUAACUCAGCAAGAGGUGAUAUCAAACUUGGGCAGCUGGCAAUGCUUAUCGCCAAUGUGCAGGACGUAGGUGUUAACAAGUUCCUUUUCAUUGGAAUUAUUUACGGAUGUUUAUUUUUCAAAUUUUAUUAA